GGUUUGGCAGCCCUGUCCCAGCCCACGCGGGACUGCCCACGCCCGGCCAUGUGCCUUCUGUUUGUACACAGAUGAGUAACGCCGGGGAGAAGGCAGCAGCAUCCCACCCCGCGCCGCUGGAGGGGGAGGUGGAGGCAGGAGAGGAGAAGCUGAAGCCACCGGUGGGCCACCUGCCCUGAACCUGGAGAGCUUUGCUUUGCCUGUCCCCAUCCCAUCGUGUGGGGUGAGAUGCAGCCAGGAGGGGCGUGAGCCAAAAUCCCCCAUCCCUUGGAGGAGAGCAUCCAGCUGGAGCCCUGCCCCACACCAUGCUGAGCCUCAAGCUACCCCGGCUGCUCAGCAUCCACCAAGUGCCUAAGGGGUACCAGGAGCAGGGGAUCCUUUUUGGGUACCGUCCCCCCAGGAGCUCUGCUGCCGAUUGCCUCCUCAGUGUCUUCCAGAUGACAAAUGAGACCCUAAAUAUCUGGACCCAUUUCCUGCCUGCCUGGUACUUCGUGUGGACCCUGGUGGGGAGGCUGCAGGGGCCGGGGGGCCGAGAGGACCCCCACUCCUGGCCCCUCCUCGCCUACCUGCUGACCUGCUGCAUCUACCCCCUGGCCUCCAGCUGUGCCCACACCUUCAGCACCAUGUCCACCCGGGCCAGGCACAUCUGCUACUUCUGGGACUAUGCAGCCCUCAGCAUGUACAGCUUGGGCUCAGCACUGGCAUACUCAGCUUACAUCUUCCCAGCAGAAUGGGUGGGCAGCACCUUCCACCACCUCUACGUCCCCGUGGCCGUGCUGAACACCGGGCUCAGCACCAGCCUCUCCUGCUACUCCAGGUUCCUGGAGGUGGAGCAGCCCCUGUUCAGCAAGGCUUCCCGCACCCUGGCCUUCGCCUACCCCUACCUCUUCGACAGCAUCCCCCUCUUCUACAGGUUCUACAGGUGUGCAGCAGAGAGCUGCACGGAUGCUGCCAUCCUGCUCCACUACAAACACACCCUCUGUGCCUUCCUCACCUGCUUCAUCUUCGCCAGCCACCUGCCAGAGAGACUGGCACCAGGACACUUCGAUUACAUUGGGCACAGCCACCAGGUUUUCCACGUCUGUGGGAUCCUUGGCACCCACUUCCAGAUGGAAGCCAUCAUGAUGGACAUGGCCCAAGGCCAGCACCAGCUCCUGCUUCCCACCUCCUUCCAGACUCUGGGAUCCAUGGGCACCUCCUUGGCCAUCAGCCUGGUGGUCAUUGGGCUCUGCUCCUCCUCCCUGCCCUUCAUCCCAGAGCCUCCUCAGAGGGAAAAACCCCACUGAGGCUUUGAGGGGAGGUGGAUCCCAAGCAAUCCCUGUGUGGUGGGGAUGAGGAAGGAAGGAAGGGGCUGAUCCCCCCCCUUGCCCUGGCUGAGAAAACGUUUGGUGAGUGCUUUCUGGAGAGCAGAAGAAAAUUGCACUGGGGUUUUUUUUGUACAUAGAGCUUUAAGAGCUGGGAAGAGGUUAUGAAAUGCUUCUAAUCAACUUGCUGCUUCAGCCUGAGAAAUGUUUAAAAAAGAAAAAAAAUAACCUUAACUUGUGGAGAGGGAUUGGCAUUCCUCAAGGAAUUGGCAUUCAUCAGGUCUGCCUUAGGGAGGGGAGUUGGGGGGCAAGGCUGGGCACUUGGUGACACAGUGUCCCUGUCACCAGGUCAGAGCCCUAGCCAGGACUCACUCCUUGGGGAAGCCUCUCCCAAGGUUUUUCACCUUGCCAGUGGCAUUAUUUUGGUGAAGAAUCCCUCAGAUAACUGUGUCACACAGCCUUAUGCUGAACCCAAGUGCCUGCUGGGUGUGUGUGGGACUGAAGGACCAGAGUUGCCUAUUUUUUAAAUUAAUCUGGUUUUUGUUUUGUUUUUUUUUUUAACCAUGACCUGGGGAGAGUUGUUCUAGAAGAACCCUCCAUAAAUAGCUUGGGUUUGGGUCCAGUUCCAGUGCUGAGGAGUCAAUUCCUCUGGGAGAGCUGAGCUCCCCCAGUGUGGCUGUGCAGAGCAUGGGGGGCACUGUCCCCCUUUUCCUGUCCCCCCUUUCCUGUCCCCUCCUCCCAGCCAGGCUCCUCUCUGCCCUCAGCUGUGGCACCAAACAGAAAUGGAGGAAAAACCCCUGUCCCAGGGGUGGCUGUGGCACUGCACCCUCCUGGAGGUGUUCCUGGAGGACACCAGGGGACAUUUUCUGGUCCUUCUCCCAGAGUUUGGGGUUUUUUUCUUUUUUUUCUUGGUGUCUGGGGAGGAUGAGCCCUCAGUGUGGAGCUGGGGGUGUGGGUGAUGACAGGCAGGGCAGCUCAGCUGGGCACCCAGGGUAUCAACCCCUGGAAUUGGAAAGCAAUUCCAGAGCUGAGUCUCUGCUCACCUCAUGCCCAGGCUGUUGCUCCUUCCUCUCCUUUGUUGCCUCCUCUGGAUUUUCCAAGGAGAGGUGGAAAACUCUGGAGAUCCCAGGCUGGUCCAGGGGAAGGGCAGAGCUCCAUCCAGGUUGUCCUGUUGGACACAAAGAGGAGGCAGAAGGUGGAGGAGCAAAAGAUUCCUGCUGGGGAAUCUUCUCAAGCUCCUUGAUAAUCAGAGAGGGGUAUAAUUUGUUUUGUGUCUAAUUACCUCUGUCAGGGUCUAACUGAUGCACUUUGGAGUGGCAGCACAAGGGCUCCUUAAAGAUAAUUCUGGGACAAGAAAGUCUUUUUGAAAUAAAUAAAUAAAAAAAAGCUUUCUGUUGAAAGCUGACCAAGAUUUAUAUUAAUAUUUAUUAACACAAUUGUUUAUUCAACUGC